AUACCCAUGUCUGACGUUCCAGCGAGCAAACAAGGCACAAGCCCAAGGCUUGAGAGCCCGCCGUGCGCAACAUCACCAGUCCGGAUGGAAUGCAGUAUGCCAAGUGUCUCUAUAGCCGGCUCGCAAGAACCCAGGCUGGAGGCCAACGGACAGACGGAUACGUAUGACGCAAUCAACCGUUAUUUGUGGAAUGCAGUCCAUCUAAUCGAAGCCUCCCGCCGGGAGUGUAACAAAAUAUCUCAAAGCUACAGUGACCUUUUCGAAAGCUACAAAAUGCUAUGGGAUCAAAACCAAAAGCUCGAAUCGAAGCUUUCCGCUGCUUCGGAUGCCAACACUCAGCUGCGGGAUUGCAUCUCGACGAACGAGACACUGAAGGCGGCACUCGGGUUUGAACUCAAGGAGAGCGAGGACGAAAACGCCGCGGUCAAGGAGUGGCACUAUCAAGAAAUCAAAGAUAAGGACGUCGAGAUUGCUAUACUGAAGGAAAAACUAAACGCGAUGCAUGAACAGGUUGAACAGUCUGGAAUGAACAUUGCAACCCCCAAAGUGUGA